GAGCCGUUCGCUCCAUUCUUCGACGAGCGAACGUUUGCGGGUAAGGUGUGGCCUGCGGCGAGUGGAUAGGCGCGAGUGGACAAGAGCAAAAUAGUGAAAGCGAUAGAAGAAAAGUGCGAAAACAAGAGAAAGAGAAGAGGAGAAGAGAGGAAGUGUGUGUGUGUGUGUGUGUGAGAGAGAAAGAGAGGAAGCGCAAGGAAGAGGAAAGAGAAAGAGAGACUAUUGUGCGCGCGUGUGUGACAUACUUCGGAUCGUUGAGAAGCCCCGCGUCUUCCUGGAGCGGAGAAGACCCGCCGGGUCAGGUCAGAAAUUCCGGACCUCCGGGACGGUGCCGAAGUGUGAGAUUCGUGAGGAUCGAAGGAGGGACAGGAAACGGACGUCGACACGAUCGGAAGCGGAUACGGAAACGCGGUACGGUGGUCGGAGUGACGGAGCGCGUACGCGGUCCAGCGUGUGUGCGCGCGUGAUCGCGAGAACCUACGUACGCUCUGAAGGUGGGGGCGAACGAGCGCGGCGCGACGCGGCACGGUAGUGGGGGUGAGCCAGCGGUGCGCGCGCGAAUGAAACGCGCGACGAGGAUGGAGCGAUCGCUGCCCGCGCGCCGAAAGGACGACGACGACGACGGAGCGAGCAGCUCGCGCGAACGCUGCGGGUCGGUGCGCGCGAGAUAGAGUGAGCGCGACGGUCGUUCGGUUGGACAUGCAUCUUCCGCACGGCGAACGUAAACAUUCCACAGCCGUGCUAUUAAUUGGACGCGUCGUCUUGAUUCACGAGGAGAUCGAUAACCGGGACGACCUGGCAACGACGGCGACGGCGACGGCGACGGCGACAACGACGACGGCGACGGCGACGGCGGCGGCGGCGGCGGCGACGGCGGUGGCGGCGGUGGUGGUGGCAACGGUGACGGCGGUGGGGAAGCAGGAGGCGAAGGCGGAGUAACAUACGCAGCGCGGCGUAGUAUCGCAGGAAAUGAUGGUAAUGCGUGAGAACCCGUCGGGUCGCGCUGUCGACGGGUGAACGUCGCGCGCGAUCGUUCUCCGGGGAACGCGCUCCAUCACUCAACUCAAAGUGCCAUUUCGUAUAUACCAUAUCCAGUAAAUAUUAGUCGCGCGAGUGGGGAGCUGUGCAACCACGCACCUACUACUCAUCCCUACUAUACGGACAACACACGCCUCGUUCGUUCAUUCGCUUCCAUUGUGGAGAACGUGCGACAGGGCUCGUGACGGACGAUCGACGGACGUGCGGGCGCGUGGUCGAGAAGUCGACGCAUAGUCGGCACCGGAAGUCUGUGUCUCUCUCUCUCUCUCUCUCUUUCUCGUGUGACAACGAGCGAUAAAACCGCGUCGGUAGCGACCGUUCUAUCCGUUCUGUGUGACAGUUGUAUAUGCUGUUUAUUGUUUAUCGAAGAUGCCGCCUCCGACAAUGACGGCACUUGGGAUUCCGCGUGUGGCUCGAGAACAUGUUUGUGUGGGAAAGGCUCAGUGACUGAAGGAAACAUUUAGGUAUCGGAAGCUGUUUCGCGGAGCGAACGUGUAGAAGGCCGCGCGAGAGUGUACAAGUGUGAAAGACUCAAGAUGCCUGACAGUGCAAUGGAAGAGGAUCUUCAGGGUCCGGAAUGGCUGUUCAGCGAGUUGAGAUCGCAGGACGGUCCCAACAAGCUUCUUAUUCUAGACUGUAGGGCACACUCGGACUUCUCGGAUGCUCAUAUAAGAGGAUCGGUGCCUCUGACCAUACCUAGUAUCAUGUUGCGAAGAUUGGCUGCUGGUAAAGUGGACCUCUUGGCCACGAUACGGUGCCUGGAUCUGAGAAAUAGAGUGGAGAUGUUUCUGUGUGGGGACAAGAACAGAAGGGGGACGUUUGUACUAAUUGGUGAUUCUACGGAUACGGGUCAUCAGGGUGAAACGUUACAAGUUUUGAGCCGGAGACUUAAAAGUAGCGGAGGAAAUAUAGCCUUUUUAAUCGGUGGUUUUGAAGCAUUUAGAGAUAAAUAUCCAGAGUGGUGCGAAGGUAGUCAAGCCACUAAUGAAUGUGACCCAGGUCAGGACAAUAAUGAUGGCGAAUUAAUGGGCCUUAGAUCCCUUCGGAUAUCUACUCCACCAACCAGGUCUUAUUCAGACUCUGACAGUGACAGCACAUGUGAUUCAAUUGGUCCCGAGGAAGAUAAAGAUUUUCCGGUGGAAAUUUUACCUCAUUUGUACCUCGGUAACGCGGCCAAUAGCGAGGAUCGCGAGUCCUUAGCGCGGCACAGGAUACAGUACAUACUCAACGUAACACCGGAUUUGCCAAAUGUAUUUGAAAGCGGCGGCUCAAUAAAGUACAUGCAGAUACCCAUAAGCGAUCACUGGAGUCAGAACUUGGCUAGUUUCUUCCCACAGGCGAUUCAAUUUAUAGAAGAGGCACGGAACUCGGAUAAAGGAGUGCUGGUACAUUGUUUGGCCGGAAUCUCUCGGUCCGUCACGAUCACUGUGGCUUAUCUCAUGCACAAGUGCAGCCUCAGCCUGAACGACGCUUUCAACCUAGUACGUAGUAGAAAGUCCAAUGUCGCACCGAAUUUUCACUUUAUGGAGCAGUUGUACAGCUUCGAGCAGGAGUUGAGGGACCGAGGGGGAGAAAACAAGAGUAACGAUCAGAGGUGCAUCGGGGCAUGUCGACCCAAUGGGCCCUGCAAUUGCCCGGCGCCCAGCUUCCUGAGUCCCAUUGAUCUGGGACUCAGUCCCGACUCGGGAAUCGAGUUUGACAGGUGGGCGGCAAGCACACCGGCCGAAUGAGACACACUUGGGGAUACCCAAUACAAAUUCUAGGUCUCUCCAUAAGGAGAAUUAUCAGGGAUAUCCUGAUAGAAAGGUUAUGAUAACGCGCUUUAUCACUUUUGAUAUGUGAGACAAGCAUUGAAGUCCGCCCUUCGCGGUAUAUUUCCAGAUGAAAUGGAAUAUACCUUGGAUGCGUUUGGCGUGCUCAGAUGUAGCUUUUAGAGGCAGUUCGGAGUUAGUUACCGCGCCGUGACACUUUUCUUUCAUAAUUUCUCGUUAUAUUCUUUCGAGCCUCUCAUUCCUAGCGUAGCCAUAUAUAAUUUAUUAAUAAAUUAUUUAAAUUAUGAUUAAAUUGACUUUUUAAAAAGAUUAGUUUCUAAAAACACGUGCGUGCGUAUCGCUACAGUCGUUCAAUACUCAACGUAAUGUAAAAGAAAAUGUACGAGUGGAAAAUACCUUUGCCAAAAUUUAGAAAUAAUUUAGGAAUGAGGGGAUUAAUGUACUUGAGAAGAAAAAAUAUGUGUCUCUCCAAUUAGAGAAAAAAUUUAUCUCUUUGUUAGGCGUUAUUAGCUUUUCAGCGUACGCGUUCAGUAAUAAUAUGCUUCGAUAUAUUCCUGCAGUGACGAUACCUGUCUAUCGUGAAAUUUUCAAUUAGUUGAAAAGUUGGGUACAUUACAUUACGCCAUCGAAUCAUACUAAUAUGAUACAGUGUUGUGACUAGGGAAAGAGUGAACGAUAUGACUGUUGAUGCCUUUUUCUAUGAUGAAGAAGGAAUAACGUUUAUAAUGCUCUUUUCUGAAUUGUUGUGGCAGCAAAGGACAUUGAAAGUAUUUUGUAAAACGAGAUCCUGUAAUUUCUCAUCGCGUAUCAGUCGCGCUAUUGUAAUUGUACAUUCUGAUGUUAUGCUUCCAAGUUUUGAGAAACCUAUUUAGUCUGUAUGGUUGCAAAUGGUAUGCGAGAUAUAUUGAACUCAAGCACUGUAUCCUCGCGAGGUAUAAAAUAAUGCAUACCGUCGUACCUCAAGAGAACUCUAGAACAUAUAUAUAUAUUUUAAUACUUCUUUCCCCAAAUCCUUCAAUUAAUGAGGCUGUGUUUAUUUUACUGCAAGCGAUAUUUCAUGCGCUAAGUAAUUUCUAAAUGACGAGUUCCCACCAGGCAAUUAACAGUAGUCGAAGGUAAACAUCACGCUUAGUAUGCUAAGUUCCGUGGUACAAAAUUAAGGGAGACCCACAGGGGCGAGUUUAAAGUUUCACACUAGCACGAAAUCGAUCCUUAAAAAUACAGAUAGUUUACUCGCGAUAUUCGCGUAAGCUACUAAGAAAGCGCAGAUAUUUUCUUUCGAAAACUGGCAUUUCCAAAGUCUGGAGGCCCAAAUAAAGGUCAAAGUACGUUUAACUAAUUUUUAAAUCCAUUGAGCUCCGACUCAACUGUAGUAGUUUGCGUAAAAAAUAAAACUCGACAUUUUUGUAACGAGUAAUUUUCGAUGUAGUUUUUCGACACGCUAAAGUAACUUACGUCGGGUAAUCGCCUCAAUGCAUUCUGACCUUCGAGAUGCGCGAAAGGUAUAUGCACGUCGCCUCAGGUACAUAUGCCAGUAACUUAAGUUUAAGAGAGGACACAUCUUAGGAAUCAGUGCAUUUCUGUAGGGCAUUCCGAAUCUCUCCUGCUCACGAGAAAAACCAGGUUUGUCACUGGUUUUAACGGAGUUAGAGGAACUUGCGUCCAAGUCACUUGGAAAUGGUAUAUGAAAGCGUUAUUUUAAAAUUUUAUUUUUUUAUACUUUUAAUUUAAAAUGCGAGAAGUUUUAAAGAAAUUGUUAAAAUGUAAAAAGGAAAUUUAUUAGAAUAUAAAAAACAAAUUUUUCGUAUGCUGUUACUAAUGGUAGACAUUUCUAAAAACAUUUGUGAUAAAUAGACGCUUGGAUUUUUAAAAAAUCUUAUUUUGUAAAAGCAUUUCUUAAGUAUAUCUUGUUUCAUUGCAGCACGGCCAAAGCCUUGAUGGCCAAAGCUUUCAAUGUGAAAGCGCUGCAAUCCUAUACACAUCUAUCCUGUUUUAUAACAGAUAAUUUCUUCACAUAUUUGUUUAAUGUCUAAAUGUACAAAUUAUAAUUUUUAUUAAUUUCGUUUCUUUAACUAUUACUUUUUAUUUGAGAUGUUACUAUUAAAGUAAUGCUUUCAAAUAUCAGAAAACAGUUUUAUUGUCAUAUAACGACUUCGUCGUCAUUGUUACAUACAGAAAUCUGAAAGAUAAUGGUUCCUGCACGUUACAUUUUUGCUGGCAUCAGAACAACAUUAACUCUUCGGAUUUUUUACAUAGAUACUUUUCUACACGAGGACAUUGAGCCUGUGCAUUCGUAUGAAAAAAUCACAUCUAGCUGUACAUUGCUAGUAAUAAUUCGUGCGCAAAAUUGGAUUCUAAAUUGUAUGAAUCAGCACUGUUUCUAUUAUCUUACAGAUUUCAGAUAUAUAUUGAAAGUUAUUUUUGUAAAGAAAGAAAAAAGAAAUGCAUUCACAUUCCCGAGCCAAACUGGCCUGACACUGUAAUUACCUUUCAUCUACUACUAUAUGUAUCGUUCAUUGAGCAUAAUUGAAGUUAAUAUGAGUGUAUACAAAUGAAUGUUAUUUUUGGUGUAAUAAUUAACUGCAAGAGUUGCGGUAAUUAAUAACUCGUGGCUAUUGCAGGAGUAAAUUGAUAUAUAAGUAAGGAAAUAUAUAUAUAUAUAUAUAUAUAUAUAUAUAUAUAUAUAUAUAUAAUUUGACGUUAAUGUAAUAACAAUAUUCUACUAUUACACUGUUGUCUGUUGUAUGUUUACUGGGUGUGUGUGCCCGAGAAAUUUAAUCAAAUAUUAUAUGUGUAUAUUAUAUAAAUUAUUAUUUUAUAUUCAUCGUUGUAUAUAUAUUUUAACUAAUUUUCAUUAGAAAUACAACUUAUCUUACUUAAUCUGUAAGUAAUCAAUUGUCAUUUAAGCAGGUCAUUUACAUUCCAUGCAGGUAAUUUUAUUUCUUAUUUUUCAAAUUUGUUAAAACGAAAUAUAUAUGCGUCAUAUAAUGCGUUUUACACGUUGCGAUAAUAUCAUAUCUGCCAUGGUAAUAACUUAUUUAGUUUCUAUAAUCCGAAUGUGUAACAGUCGUUUUAAUUUUUUCAUACAUUGCAAACACGUUAAUUCAUUUUCGUACUUCUGAUAUGAAAUCGAUAAUAAAAUCUGGAGAGAAACUAUUUCUUCGAAUUUUGUGUUAUCGAUAUAUAUAUUAUAAAAUAUGUAUUGUGUAUCUCUUGACAACAUGUUCGUUUACUAAGGGAUAUUUAUGUAUGCUUUACGACGAAAUGAAAUUAAAAAGUACGUAAAAGCACUAA